UGCCCACUGAAUACCCCUGGAUUCGUUGAUCUGUUCCCAAAGUCCGAACCAAUUGACUCUAUAAAGGCUUCUUCUCUGUGCUUCGAGACGACCAGAGAAGUCCUCGAAUCGGUGAUUUCGCCAAUGGCGUACGUUGAGCGAGGUGUGGUGAAAUCCAAGAGAUCAAUAUGGCGACUUAAAACUAUCACAGACUUAUUCUGGGCAAUUGUGAAUUUCAUAGGCGUGUUUUUCACUACAAUGUUUUCGAUGCAAAAGUCCGAUGCUUAUAGGAAAGGCUCCGGUUCUGGCAAGAAAUGGGAUGGUGGUGGCGGCCCGGGAGGUUCCGGAAGGGGUCCAUACGGUGGGGGUCCUCGUGGCCCACCACGCGGAUUGGAUAAUGUCCGCGGAAUUGACCACAGUUCGUUGCCUGCCUGUGGCUCUUGCUGUGGUUGAGGGUAUUAUCCUCCUGCUUUCAGAAGCAUUGAAGUGUCUAUGAUGCCUAUAUUUGAAAGGACAAAGUCUCAAUUUACUCGUGUGUGUACUUUAGCAUCAGUCCUGGAUCGCAUUAAUGCUAGUAAAAACUUCUAAGAGGACAGGAAUUGGUACUUGGGAGAUUAUCUUUCUUAUGAGCAUAUAAUGGUUCGAAAGUUUGUUGAGUGUUU